CUCCGCCUCAGUGCCGCGCCAACAUUCGACGGGGGCACACGUCGUCUUUAAUUCACUCUCAUGUUAAGAUCCAUUUGCAAUUUAAGUAAUUCCGUGGCCGCUGUUAAAACUUCAGCAAGGAUGACGAGCGUACACAGCGCAUGGAAGGAGGAGGUUUACGACAUCCCGAUCUCGGUGCUCAUCCGACCGUUCAUCCCCGAGCUGGACGAGAAUAAGGUUCUGUCGCUUAUGGACACUAUUAAGAAGGAAGAACAAGCCGGCAACGUACCCCCGAUAGACGUGCUGUGGAUCAAAGGCUCCCAAGGCGGGGACUACUACUACAGCUUCGGCGGCUGCCACCGGUACGCGGCGUACACGCGGCUACGGCGCGAGACCAUCCCGGCCAAGCUCAUACGGUCCACCCUCACCGACCUGCGGACGUAUCUGGGCAGUAGCACGCCCGACUUGAAGUAG